CCACAAUAAAUGACCUGCCCUGCUUUCGUCACCUGCCUCCGGGUGUCCCCAUGGAACGCGGCGAGGGCUGGGACCUGCACCCCCUAAGGAACGACUUCAGUCGCAUGGGCAUCCCCAACGUAGCCUGGAAGGAGACAAUUCAGAAUCAGUCCUAUAAGUUAUGUGACACCUAUCCCUCGCUCCUCUUCGUCCCCGCUACCGUCACCACGUCCACAAUUGUCGGCAGUUCCAAAUUUCGAUCUCGUGGCCGGCUCCCUGUGCUAACUUACUUGCACCCCAACAAAAAGGCAGCCCUGUGCAGAUCAAGUCAACCCCUCUCCGGUUUUUCAAGCCGCAGCCAUGAGGACCAGGCUUUCCUCCGACACAUUCGUGAUGCGAACCCCUUGCAGCAGAUCCUCCACGUUGUUGACACGCGACCUCAUCUAAACGCGUUAACAAACCGGGCCCAGGGCAAGGGCUAUGAGGACAUUCAGGCCUACAAAGGCAUUGAUCUGCGUUUCUUUGAUAUACCCAAUAUCCACGCCAUCCGGUCAUCCCUUGAAAAACUGAUCAAAGCCUUCCAUGACCCACGGAUCUCGGUAGAAGAUCUCAAUAUUGCCAUCGAUAAGUCCUCGUGGCUUCGGUCAAACCGGAAGAUCCUCGAGGCCGCAUUCUACGUUGCUCAACGACUGGAGGCGGGAUACUCUGUUUUAGUACACUGUUCCGACGGUUGGGAUCGGACCGCACAAGUCUGCUCACUUGCGCAGCUGAUCAUUGACCCCUUCUACCGCACUAUAGACGGAAUA